UUGUUACAUGUUGAUAUGAAAUGUAACAGUACUUAUAAGAAUAAUGCAAAUACAGACACACAACUACGUAUAUAUAAUAAGGGAAAGUCCCUUCGUAAAAUAUGGAAAUCGCAUGCUUCAUUGGAAAUUGAUUGCUGGGCGGAAAUAAGUCACGAAUUUUGUCAGCCACAUAUUACCCUGAAGCUGGGUUUACCGCAAAAUCGAAACAUUUUGCUUUUCAGUUUACUUGAAAUCUGCCACUCCCUUUUGGGUGCCAAUUGCGCUUACCAUGAGUGGCAUCUUGUGGAUUUGCACGCUGUCUGUAGUGCUUAUCCUGAUUCAGAGGCUAUCUAUGAACGUUUAUGAAGAUACUUGUGCUGUCACCAAGGAAUGCAUCCAUUGUUGUGUAGCAAAUUCAUAUGGUUACGAAUGUUCAUGUCCAACUGGUUUUUCUCUGGGGCAAGAUAACAAGACAUGUGAAGGCAAUCCUGGACCUAACUCAUCUCAGGAAUCAACCAGCUCAAGUACUACCGUGAAACGCCGUCCCCAGUUAUUUGCGCCCGCCAACGGAAGUUCAAAGCGGUGUUCCAAUUUGCCAGGCCAAACCUGCAUAUUUUCCUGUGAUAGAGGGUUCAAAGUUGCUGGGUCUGUAACUGGGAAAUGCAGCAGUAAUGGAACUUGGAAUGGAACACAAACUCAUUGUAAUGCCGUUACCUGUCCAGCUCUGGAAGCCCCAUUCAAUGGUAUGCGGCUGAGCUGCUCAGGAAAAACAAUAGAAUAUUACAAUACAGUCUGUCUGUUUUCAUGUGGUACUGGAUUCAACGAGUUCGGGUGUCCGUCAAGGAAAUGUCUUGAAAACGGGACGUGGAGUGGCAAAGAUUUUCUGUGUACAGGAACACGUGGAUUUUUAAUUUGAAGAUUCGCUUUUCCUCAGACAGUCAAGCGUUGGAAUUGCAACGUUUUCCAUCCAUUGACAGCGAUAAAUUAUUCCUCUCUUGAAAUGAGUGGACGUCUGCAGUGCAACAAGCAAUGGCACUACGCUAAAGCGGGAUAUUUGAUCUGAUAUUACGCAUUUUUGGGUCCCACGGUUUGGAUUUCGACCAAAGACUCUUCUGAAAACUAAAAUGCUCAAAAUAUGCCUCGGGAAUAUGCCCAUUAUGAGCUAGAGAUUUAUAUCGCGGGAUAGUUGACGAGGGCGCAGCCUUCGUCAACUAUCACACAUAGAAAUCGAGAGCGA